GGUACGUACUUAAAAAAUUAUGACUGCGGUAUUUGUAAAAGUGGUUUGUUCCUCUACAUACUGCGAACUUUUCAAACUGUCUCCAUGAAUUUUUUAAUGUAUCUUUGCAACCAUAAUGAAGAUUGGGGCUUAACGUGGUAUACUGCCUAACGGCCAGCAUCUUCUUGUUGAUUGCCUGGUAGUCAGUCAUGUUGGGCGUCCGACGAAGUCAGCGCUUAUCCAAACUCCAGCAAAACCACCCGACGUCCAGCGACGACUUCGAGGUAACCAGUGGGCAGUCCAUUUUGUUAUCUUUACUUUCCCAGCCAAUUAUACCAAAGAACGUUUUAUGGGAUCUGGGAGAUAUUGUGGAUGCUGGCAGCAAGAGAACUCAGAAGAAAGGGAAAACGGAUAGAUCUCAUUUCUCUGCUUGUGCAUCUAGAAAUAAUGCACACUGGGAUUUGUCACAACAAUCGAAGAGUGGAAAAAAGAGAGGUACGAGGGAGAAAAGAGGGCGAAAGCGUCGAGUGAAAUCCGUGGACGUUCCGGAUAAUGGUUUGCCAUCUUCGGAGCAGGACGCGAAGGAUGUUUGGACUGCACUGUUCACCAACGAAUCCCCUGCCACUCAAGCAGACGCACUAUUAGAUAUCACUGAACCCACUGCAAGUCAAACUGUUGCAUUUGGGGUUAUUGCUGCUGGUUUGGUAACCGCUGGCGCUGAUCAACACAAUGCAACAUCAGAUGCACCAGGAAAGCCAAAAGAAGGCUUACCAAAAGGACAGGAGAAAACUGAUCCCCGACGGCGAAAAAGCUGUCCUGUUUGUGGGAUAUCCACUGUUGGAUUGACUAAGCAUCUUAUAACGCAACAUCAAGAAUAUUCAAAAGAAACCAUGAAUCACGUUUGCAGCCAGUGUAAUGCUAUUUUCCGUGGCGAUGAAGGAUUAAGAAAUCAUAUCAGUCAGAUGCAUCCGACAUUUGCCUUCGUUCCUACCGAAUCCGAUCGGGCGGCAGCUAUUGAUUAUAUCAAAACUACGGGAUUUUCCAAAUAUUUUUGUUCAACUUGCAAGAAAACGUUUCCUAGCCAGUCAUUAUUGGAAUUGCAUUUUUAUAAGCACGAUGGGUUGCUCGAAGACGAAGCUAAGCAGAUGGAUCUGGCAUGUCCGGGAUGUGAAUUCUCGGGAAAGAACUUCGCAGACUUAGUGGAACAUGUGUCGACCCAUGUCUUGCAAAGAAAAGCCGAAGUUGCCUGUCUGAUAUGCGGACAGUAUGCCGAUAAAUUAGGCCGGGGGAAAAUGAAAACCCACAUGGAAAAAUCUCAUGCCGAGGAGCUGAAGUUCAUCCAGGAAGACUGGCAUCAUGAGUGUGAUGCAUGCGGAGAGAAGUUCUUAAGUAGUUCCCACUUGAAGCUCCAUGCGUCGGCUGCCCAUAAACGAUGCUGUUACUGCAAUGUUUUCAUGGAUAAAGGGUUUACGUCGCACACCAAGCAGCACGCAGUCAAUGGUUUGUAUCCGUGCACUGUCUGUGAAGAGUCAUUCCCAACGUACCGUCAGGUCGGCCGGCACUGCGCCAACUGGCACAAUAACGAUCCAUCCCGGAAAUGUCUUUUGUGUGGUCGUUUGUGUCGCAAUGCCCAGAGACUGGAGGUUCAUGUGAGGACAUGCGUGAAUGGUGUUAAGCCCCGCAGAGCUAAAGUUUCGAUAAGAGUGAAAGGGCCGUACACUGCCACUUCUCUGGCGGAGCGACUGCCGUGUGAUCAGUGUGGCAGGCUGUUGUCGGGUACGGGAUCUUUGCGCAACCAUAUCCGCACUGUCCAUGGAGAUUAUAAGCAGAAGCUGGCUAAAGUUAAGGAGGAAAAGAAGCGUCUGGGCCUCCUCUCUAAAUAUGUCCCACCGCAAAACCGCAUGAAGUUUGAAGAGUUUCCGUAUGGAUGCUCCGAAUGCCGUAUGGGAUAUAUGUUCAAAAUCGGUCUGCUUAAGCACAAUCAAGCUAAACAUCCCGAAAAAUCCAAGUUCUCAGAGGGUUAAUUGAGUUUUUUAAUUUUGUUACAAGAUGUGACAGACACGUCUAUGUCAUUAUCUUGUCCACUUUAAGUUUUCUAUUUAUAGUUUCUUUUCCGGUGUGUGCGGUUAACGAAGAUAUCGAAAAUUUCUGGCUAGUCAUUUCUUCUCUUUAUGGGAAACGUUUUAAUUACAAACUCGUGAAGUGUCGAUCUCAUAAAAAACUGGUGCUUUACGAAACACAAUGCU